AUGAGGCUCCGACUGGGGCUGCUCCUCCUCGGUGCCGGCCUCCUGGCGCGCCUCGAUUGUCAAAAGGUUUUACAUACCACAUAUCCAAAGAAGAUACCAUCCAAUAUAACUGAAGAUGGCCUAGCAGAAGAUGAGAGUAUGCAGACCUAUAUUAUUAUGAUAAAUAAGAAGAAUUACACCGUUCAUCUGAAGCAGCAAACAUUUUUGCCAAAUGACUUUAUGGUUUAUACUUACAACCAAGGGGGCUUUGUGCAUCCCAAUUCCCCACGUAUUCAGGGUGAAUGCUUCUAUCAAGGCUAUAUAGAAGGUUUCCCGAACUCCGUUGCAAUACUCAACACUUGUUCGGGGCUCAGGGGGCUGCUCCAGUUUGAGAACAUCAGCUAUGGAAUUGAGCAUCUGGAGUCUUCAAGCACAUAUGAACACCUCAUUUAUCAAAUCACUAGCAAAAACCUGGAGGGCCCACUUUGGACAGAAGAUUUCAGCCCAAUGAACAGAGAGGAGAGGAGAGGGAAUGUGUCCUAUAAGCUGCUUUCGGAUACCGUCCCACUGGCCGAUAUCACUAAAAUGCACAGAUACAUAGAAGUAUACAUUGUUUUGAACAAGGAUUUGUACAACUAUAUGGGGAGCAACCGCAAUGAAGUCACCCAGAGCAUCGCGCAGCUGAUCGGUUUUGUCAACAGCAAAUUUUCUGACCUCAACUUAACGGUUGUUCUCUCCUCUUUGGAGUUCUGGACAGACCAUAAUAAAAUCUCCACGGAAGGGGAGCCCGAUGAGUUACUGCGACGGUUUUUACAGUGGAAAAAUUCGUACCUUGUUCUACGGCCUCACGAUCUGGCGUUUCUGUUUGUUUACAGGGAGAAGCCGAAUUACGUCGGAGCGACAUUUGCGGGAAAGCUGUGCCUCCGGAAUUUUGACGCGGGAGUCGCUCUGUACCAAAAGGCGAUCACGAUGGAGACGUUUUCCGUCAUCCUUGCGCAACUGCUGGGCCUCGCCUUGGGCAUGGAAUACGACGACGGCAAGAACUGUGCGUGCCCGGGGCCCGUCUGCGUCAUGAACACGGCCGCCGUGCACUCGAGUGGCGUUAAAGCCUUUAGCAGCUGCAGCAUCGAGGACUUCCAGAAUUUCAUCAAGUUCAAGACGCCCAACUGCCUUUCCAACAGGCCUAAUUUAAAGCUGUAUUACAAGAAGAAGACGGCAAAAGGCUCGUCCUUUUGUGGGAACGGCGUUGUGGAGCCGGGAGAGAAGUGUGACUGCGGUUCAGCCGAGGAUUGUCGGUACAAUAAAUGUUGCACCAGGAGUUGCACAUUUCAGCAAGGAGCCAUUUGCAGCAACGAACCUUGUUGCCAAGACUGUACGUUUAAGCCGAGGAACGUGGUGUGUCGCCCGGCGGUGGAUGGCGCCUGCGACCUCCCGGAGUACUGCAACGGGAGCGCCGCGUCCUGCCCCGCGGACGUACACGUCCAGAACGGCUUCCAGUGUGCCUCCAACACCGGCUUCUGCUACGGCGGAUCCUGUCAGUCCCCCGAUCUCCACUGCCAGGACCUCUUCGGUAAAAGGUCUCGGAAUGCUCCCCACAUGUGUUAUGAGGAGGUUAAUAGCCAGGCAGACCGAUUUGGACACUGUGGGACCGAUGGCAGAAGUGGAUUUAAGACGUGCUCUCUUCGGAAUAUCAGAUGUGGAAAGUUAAUUUGCACAUAUCCCUACACAACUCCUUUUACUAAAAUGAAGGUUCCUGUCCUAUAUACGCCAGUGAAAGGGACUGUCUGUAUAUCUUUGGACCUUAAACAGCCAGAAGGUGCCUCUGACCCCAUGCUGGUGAAAGAAGGCACCAAAUGCGGAGUGGAGAAGGUCUGCAUCAAGCAGGUGUGCGAAAAACACAGCAUCCUGAGGUACGAUUGUGAUCCUGGGAAGAAGUGCUCCGGGCACGGGCUCUGCAAUAGCAAGAAGAACUGCCACUGCCACCCCGGAUGGGCGCCGCCAAACUGCAAGGAGAGAGGGAGCCCGCUGGGGGGCAGCGUGGACAGCGGGGUUCGCAUUCUGGAAUCCGAUCUCACCGAGAGAGCUGCGGAGGACAGCAUGCGGAGGUGGAUCUUGCUCAGCAUCUUCCUCUUCCUGCCCCUCCUCGCCGGCUCGGCUUUCCUGGCCAUCAGGUGGAAGCGAAUCGCGAAGUACUGCACGGAGGAGCCGGAGACGCAAGACGAUAGCGAAUCGUACUCUAGGUCAGAAGAAUUGAGCAUGUCAGACCGAACAAGCACCAGCACACAUCCAGACAUGACAUGACCAGCCUCUUGCCGUGCAGCAAAGGGGAGAGA